AUGGCUUCCCCUAGCGUUCUCACCUUUGAUGCUGAGGGUCGGGCAGUGGACUUUGAGGUCUGGGUAGAUGAUCUGCAGCUUUUCCUGCAGUGCGAUAGGGGAGACGGUCUCUCCCUGUUUGACCUCACUUCUGGUGCCUCCCCUGCCCCUGCUGCUGAUGCUGACGCCACUGUUCGCUCACAGUGGGCCACACAUGACGCUGCUGCUCGCCUUGCUGUGCGCCGCCACUUACCGACCACUGAGCGUGCACACUUUAGCCAGUACAAGAGUGCUCAGACCUUGUACGACGCUGUAGUUGCACGCUACUCUUCCCCUGCCACUGCUGCACUGAGCCGCCUCAUGCUACCGUACCUCUUCCCUGACCUUACUGCCUUUCCCACUGUCGCUGACCUCAUUACGCACCUCCGCACUAGUGACACUCGCUACCGCGCUGCGCUUCCUGCUGAGUUCUGCGCCAAGAACCCCCCCCCCCCAUGUAGUGGAGAAGGCGGAGGUGGAGGAGGUAGUGAAGGUAGUGGAGGAGGCGGAGGUGGAGGAGGUGGCGUAGGUAGUGGAGGAGGCGGAGGUGGAGGAGGUGGCGGAGGCGGCGGAGGCGGCGGCGGUGGUGGAGCGAGUCGCGACUCUGCGUCGAGGAGUGGCGCUGGUGGUGGUCACCACCAGCAGCAGCAGCGGAGUGGUGUGACCCUGUCCCCUCAGCAGCUUUGUCAGUGGUACAGUUCACGCCACCGCGGUGGGGGUUUUGGUCCUUGCUUUUACGUUCUCCGUUCCGGCGACAGCACUGGUGAGCAGUGCGGGGGUCCGCACUCCACCCAGCGCUGCUUUGGUCGUUUGAUAGACGCGUGGUGUCGCCAUUUCCCUGAGGCGUUAGAGAUCCCUCGCUGGGGAGAUCUGGCUAAGGCCGGGGUUGCCAUCUUUAAUCUUGACUUUGAUGCUAUUCUUGCUGCCAUGUAUGCUAUUGCUGAUAGUGUUGAGGGUGCCUGUUACCAGUGUGUACCGCCUGACCCGGGCAUUGAGGCUGCUGCGCAAGGUGCUGGUGAGACUGCUGCUCUAGGUGCUAGUGCGUCUGCUGCCCCAGGUGCCAGUGCGUCUGCCGCUCCAGGUGCUGGUGAGUCUGCUCUCUCAGGUACUACGUCGGCUCAGGCCUUCCACACCUUCACCCUGGACUCGGGUGCGUCCCGCUCCUUCUUUCGAGACCGCACCACUCUUACGCCGCUCAAUCGGCUGGUUGCAGUCUCCCUAGCAGACCCCUCUGGGGGUCCUGUCCUUGCUAGCUUCUCCACUGUCCUUACGUGCCCUGUAGCCCCCUCUGGCACCCUGUCUGGUCUCUACCUCCCCUCGUUCUCUACGAACUUGGUGAGUGGAGCGGACCUACAGGAUCGAGGGGAUGACCAGUUCACUCCUGCGAGUCAGCGAGUGACCCACUGCAGGUGUGCUCGGACAGGCCGACACUUGGCCACGUUCACCCGUCGGCCAGGGUCGAGCCUGUACACCCUUACUACUGAGUCUCCUCCUACUGCUGAGUCUGCCCAGGUAGCUGCGUCGAGUCAGGUGUUUGCUGCGGCGUCCAGGUCUGGUCCUGAGUCUGCCCCCUGCUCGUGUCGUCUGCUGUCCCACCAGACUCUCCUUUGGCACCACCGCCUUGGUCACCCGUCCUUGCCUCGUCUCCAAGGCAUGGCCUCCCGUGUCCUUGUCUUUGGUCUUCCUCGGUCUCUCCCUCCCCUUCCUCUGGGGCCUGGCCCUACCUGCGUCCCCUGCGUCGAGGGGCGACAGCGCGCCGCCCCUCAGUCCUCCGAGUUUCCAUCGACAGAGGCUCCGCUGCAGACUCUACACAUGGACGUGUGGGGCCCACCCCGCGUCAGUGGGCAGGGGAGAGAGCGGUACUUUCUGCUGGUCGUUGACGACUACUCGUGCUACACCACAGUCUUCCCCUUGCGCAGCAAGGGUGACGUCACUGAGGUGUUGAUCGUCUUGAUCCGCGCAGCUCGUCUCCAGCUCAGAGAGAGUUUCGGCUCGGACUUUCCAAUUUUGCGUCUACACUCGGACAGAGGAGGAGAGUUUUCCUCUGCCCGUCUGGGAGCCUUCUGUCGGGCACACGACAUCCGCCAGACCUUCACGCUUCCGGCCUCUCCACAGCAAAAUGGGAUUGCUGAGCGCCGCAUUGGCAUGGUCAUGGACGUCGCACGUACGUCCAUGAUGCAUGCGGCUGCCCCCCAUUUUUUGUGGCCAUUUGCGGUUCAGUACGCCGCGCAUCAGCUCAACCUUCAGCCCCGGGUCUCCUUGCCAGAGACCUGCCUCGCCUUGCGGUGGACAAAGAAGGUUGGCGAUUCGUCUGCGUUUCGUGUCUGGGGAUCUCAGGCGUUUGUCCGCGACUUGUGUGCGGACAAGCUGUCCCCCCGUGCUGUUCCUUGCGUCUUCCUUGGCUUCCCCCCUGACGCGCCUGGCCGGCAGUUUUACCACCCCACCACGCGCCGUGUUCUGUCCUCCCAGGACGUCACCUUUGACGAGUCGGUGCCUUACUACCGUCUCUUCCCCUACCGCACUGCGCCCCUCCCCCCACCGCCGCUCUUCCUUGCGCCAGGUGCUACUCAGGUAGACCCCCUCCCUCCUCAGGGUCCUGCCCCGUCAGGUGUGUCCCAGGUAGACGCAGUCGAGCCUGUCGAGGUAGCUGUAGACUCUGGUGCUGCUAGAGGUGCUGAGCCUACGGGUGCCGGGUCCGCGGGUGCCGGGUCUGGGGGUGCUGAGUCUGGGGGUGCUGAGACUGGAGGUACUGAGCCUUGGGGUGCUGAGCCUGGGUGUGCUGAGUCUAAGGGUGCGGAGCCUGGGGGUGCUGGGUCUGCUCGUGUGGCCGCCGGCGGUACUUCGUCGAGGCGGGAGCCGCUCUCUCCACAGGAGCUGCGCGUGUGGUUCGCCCGCCGCUGGAGACGUGCUGCUGAGUCUGGGGGUGUUGGCGCUGGUGUUUCUACUGGUGCUAGUGCGUCUGGGGGUGCUGCUGAGGCAGCUGGUGCUGACGGUCCUACUGGAGUUGGUGCUGGUGGAUCUAGAGCUACUGGGGGUGUUGGCGCUGGUGGUGCUGCUAGCGCUGGUGCUUCUGAGGGUACUGGACUUGGAGCUGUUGGAGCUGGAGGUUCUACUGACGCUGGUGCUGCCGCUGGGGGUACUGGUGCCGUACUUGCUGGUUCUAGAGGCGCUGCGCGGCCAAGGCCGUACUUCGUUCCGCUCCUGGAGCAGUCACAGUUACCGCCCGCCUCCCCUCUACCUGCUCCUUCUCCCUACGCUGGUCCUACUGGAGGUCUUGCUGAGCGUCCUGAGCCUGCGUCUCGUCCCGCGUCACCUAUUCGUACUGCUCGCACUAGUGGUCGCACUACACGUCCACGUCCUCCUGCGGUCCCUGACACACACCUGUUGGCACUGCGUCCUUCCACUGCUCCUCUGCGUGUCCCGUUGCCGUCUCCUCGAGAGUCCUCUCUUCCUUCUCUUGCUGACCCGGAGUCUGACUCCCUUCGUGCUGCUAGUCCUUCGGUCACGCGCAUACUUGCUACUGUCGUCACUGACCCUUCCUUUGAGUCUGCUACUGCGUCUGCUCUCGUUGCUGAGCUUGUCGACUUCGCUGCUCGCUGUCGUCUAGACUACGCUGCCAGUCUUGUUGUUGAGUCUGAGUCUGUCUGUCCUCCGUCCGUCGCGGGUGAGUGUAAUCUUAGCACGGACGUCCUUGAGGACAGGCAGAAGGAGUUCCAGUGCUUUGCGGCUGCUUUGCCCCAUCUCGUGUCCACGCUGAUUGCCCCUCAGGGAGACUCGGAUGCACAACACAUCCCGACUCCUCGAUCGUACACUGAGGCGAUCGAGGGUCCCUACUUCUCUUAG